UGUUGUUGAUUCUUAGUAAAAUAUUUAUAAUAUUUAUCAAACAUCAAAUAGUUUUGACUAUAUUAUUUCAUCGGUAUCGGAGCAUUCGUCACACGGAAAAAAUGGGGCCAAUUUCAAUAAAUCGAGAAUAUUUUCUUACAAGAUCGAGUGCUGACGUUCUCAUUAAUCUGGUAAAUUAUUUAAAUGAUAACGAAAUUGAAGAAGAACAAUUAGAGGAUAAAAAUGUUUUGAAGACUAUAAUACGUGAUGGGAUGAAAAGAUAUGUAAACCAACCACCUCCGUCAAUAUACUUAGACACACUUAAAUAUACGAUUCUUACUUUUACUAUGGAUUAUUUAAAAGUUGUAAAUUUAUAUCGCAUAAAUACCGCCGUACUGCUCGUGGGAUGCGUUGAAUAUAUUUUGUUUCCUGGGGUAGAAGACAGAGAACUUAGAAAAAUAUAUCAUUGUAGCCACGCGAAGGCGAAAAAGAUAUAUAAUAAAUUGCGUGGUUUCCGAGAACAAAAGGAACAAAACGAUAACAUAGUUGUUGCAGCUAGAGAAUUUUUUGAUUGCCUAAUUUUUAUACGAAGAAGUGAAUUUUUAAAAACAAUACGAAAUUACUUGAGAGGUCUUGAGAUAGACUCUAACGAACUGCAAUUUAUACGAACAAAAUCUAUUGAAGUAAUUAAAGAAAAAGCAGCUAACGUCAUUGCUCAACUAUCAGUAGAUCGUAAGGGUACCAUCGAAGAUAAUCUACUCACGUCUGCUCCUGAAUUGAGCGUGUUGAAAUCAGUAAACCAUAAAUCUAUUUUACCUAACUCUAUAAAAAUAAUAAAAAAAACAAAGCCACUUCUUAUAACUCGAGAAUAUCUUAAUGCUAAAUGUAAUGCAGAGGUUAUCAUUAAUUUGCAAGAAUAUUUAAUUUUUGAGGAAGUUGAAAAAGAAAAUUUAGAUGAUGAAAAUCUUAGUAAUAUUAUUCGUAAGGGCAUGAAAAAACGUGCAAAUAGCUGGCCUAGACCCAUAGAAUUCAGCACAUUCAAACGCACACUUCUUGAUUUGACACCUGACUAUAUAAAGACAAUACAUUUAUAUCGGUUGAAUGUUGGGGUAUUGCUGGUUGUGUGUGUCGAGGUAUUAUUACACGCAAACGAAAAUAACGAAAACUAUAUCACGAUAUAUCGUUGUGAUAUAAACAAAGCUAUCAAAGAAUAUAACAAACUAUGUAAUUUACCAGUAAAUCAGAACCAACCAAUGGAUGUAGCUAAAUCAGCUAAAUCUUUUUUUCGUUGCGAUAAGUUUUUCAGAAAAAAUGAAUUCUUGAAAAUAAUUAGAUCUUAUCUGAGAGCAAUAGCUGAUUAUAUUGACAGUGACGAGUUAUCUUAUGUAAGAGACACUUCCAUUCAAUUUAUACAUGAUAAUGCAGCUAAGUACCGAGUUGAACCGACACAAAACAUAAUUGAUCAGAUCGAUGAUCAUUAACUUUACCCGAGAACGAUCGUCAGAUUCGUCUACCAACGCGAGAUGUGCCAUUGGUGAAAGUCUGAUUUAUCAGUCGUAUCAGAAACUCUGAGUCCAAAACUCUUUGGACCAGAUAGUAUUAGCAAGAAUGUCUAAUUCGAAUUUAUGACCAGUAACAAUUGUAGAAGUUCGCAAUUAUUUAUUGUAUGUUGGAUUUAUUUUACUAUGAGAUGAAAAAGUCGGAGUCUUAUCAAAAAAAGAUAUUAAAAAUUCACUGAAUAAGAUAUGAAUAACACUAAUACCUUCAAUUGAAACCCUGAUUUAACGCAAGAAUACUUUAUAAUUCUAGUCGCUGUCCCCCGAAUGAACGAAAAAAAAUU